AUGGGAUGUUUGCUUCAAAACGCUCUCAAAAUUGAGCAAUAUUUUAUGACUAAUGUAUAUAACAAUACUAAUAACUCUUCAUUGUUACUAAAUAAUAAUACAUCACCGUUUCUCUAUCUAAUAUCACGUGCUGUUACGGAUAGUAUUAGCAGUAGUUAUUAUUAUAAUCAACAACAACAUCAAUCUAAUUUUACUUCAUCAUGGUCAACAGUUACAGCAACAUUUGUAUCUGAUGAUGCAUCAUUAGUUCGAUAUAAAAAUUGGUAUCGUAAUUAUCAUGGAUAUUUUAGUGCAAUUGUCUGUUUAUUCGGUUUAACAUGUAAUUUAUUUAAUAUUAUCGUUUUAACUCGACCAUCGAUGCGUUCAACAACAAAUACAAUUUUAACAAGUUUAGCAAUUAGUGAUUUAUUAAAAAUGUUAUUUGUAUUACCAGCUGCCAUUUUAUUCUAUUGUAUACCAUCUAAAUUAGAUGAAAAAAGUGAACCGGAUUUUACAAAUUAUUUUCAAGUUCAUUUUUAUAUGAUACAAAUGUUAUUUACAUUAACUCUUCAUUGUAUAAGUACAUGGUUAACUGUAUUAUUAGCUGCAUUUCGACAUAUAUUUUUAACUUGUAAAACAUUAACAGCCUACGUUUCAACACCUGGUCGAGCAUUAGCCGGUGUUAUAUGUAUUGUUAUAUUUUGUACAAUACUUUGUGUACCAUCAUUUAUUGAACAUGAAAUUGUUGCUGAUACUGGUGAAAAAUUAACAAUUUUUAAUAGAACUUCCAUUCAAAUAAAACCGAUAACAUAUAAAUUUAUUGAAACAGAAUUUAGUAGUAAAUUAUCAUUACGUGAUACAGUUUUUGUUUUACAUGCAAUUGUAUUUAAAUUAAUACCAUGUAUUCUAUUAUUAUUUUUUAGUUUUUUAUUAAUUCGUCAAUUACGUCAAGCUUUAAAAAAAGCUGAAAUUGUUAGUAAACAUUCACAACAUUCAUCAACAAUUACAACAAUACGAGCAAAACGUGGUAGACGACGAGAAAAAGAAAAUCGUCGUACAACAUUAAUGUUAGUCAUUGUUUGUGUCUUAUUUCUUGUUACAGAACUUCCACAAGGAGCAAUAUUAUUUUUAAGUUUUAUAUCAGAAAAUAAAUCAAAAUAUUAUUAUCAAAUAUAUCAAUUACUUGGUGAUACAUUCGAUAUUCUUGCAUUAAUUAAUAAUUCAGUUAAUUUUAUUCUAUAUUGUUCGAUGAGUCGUGCAUUUCGAGAUACAUUUCGACAAACAUUUUUUUUAUGGAAACAAAGUGACCAACAUGAAACAAAAAUACCUGUUGUUGUUCAAUCAACACCGAUAAAUCGUCAAUUAAGUUGUGUUGUUCGUACACCAGCCUUUGGUAUUGGUAAUAAUAAAAGUGAAUAUGAACCUGUGAAACAAAUAUGUGAUACUGACUAUCGAUUUAGUAUAUUUACAGCAUCAACAGCACUCGGCGGAAGUGAUAAACAUGUAGUAGCCACAAUAUCAAAUGAUAGUGAUGAAACAUCAACAACAAAAAAUAUCAAUAAUAGUGGUUUGAUCAAACCCAAUUUAUCAUCAUCAACAACGAAUACUACUAGUGCAACCUCAACAGCAACAAUUAAUUUAAAUCAAAAUCAAAAUACAUUUACACAAGUCAUACCAACAACAAUCUUCGUCAAAACAAGUGAAACGAUUACAGAAGAUCAAAAAAAUUCUUAUGAACAGCAACAACCAUUCCUCAGAACUGAACAGUUCAUUGAGACAAGACAAAGUUUGAUGCCGACACAUCAAGAUAUUUCAACUUUGACCGAUUCAUCAUUAAAACAAGCAGUUCAUCUUGCAUUAACUUGUGUUGAUAAUGAUCUAUCCACAGUAUCAUCUGAUUCUACACGAUUAUUAUCCACUACAGUUUCUGAUCUAAAAUCAGGUACCACAUGCGAUUUAGGACGAGUGAUGACGACCGCAACAAAUUUACGUUGUGAAAAUUGUUUAAAACUACGUCAGCAAUUAACGAUACUAAUUUAUGAAGUAUUAAAUUUAGAAAAUACUAUGGAAUCAAAAAUAUGUGAAUAUGUUCAAGAACGUUUAAAUGAAAUAGCUAUUAGUAAACAAUUAACACUGUUGAAUAGUACAAAACAACAAGAACAAUUAACAAAUAAUAUAUGUGACAGUCAAACAACAAAUGAUACUUCAACAAUUAUUGACACAAAAAACACGAUCAAUAGUAAUACGUCCAAUCAAGAAAAUGAACGUUUAACAAUACAUGGUUUAUCUAAUCCAUUAAAUACUAGUACAACAGCACAAAAUAAUAACAAUAAUACAAAUUUAAAUGGUAGUUCAGUUUCAAGUGGUCGUAUUUCAUUGGCUAGUAAAAGUGGCGGUGGUAGUGAUCAUAAGUAUAAACCAAGUCGACGGACUAUAAUAAACGGUGGCAAUGGUGCAGUUGUAAGCGACGUUUCAAUUGGCAAUAAUUUAUUGAUAAGUAAUAUUCGAAAUCAGAAUAAUGUAAACGGAAAUAAUAAAUAUCGUGCCGAACGAACGUUAACAUUUGAAAAUGUUAUUAUUGGUGAUAGUACAUUGAAAUAUUUAGAUCCAGCUCGAUUUGAUAUUGAACGAAAAACAUAUAUAAAAACAAUGCGCGGUAAACGUGUUGCUCAAGCAUUAGAAUUUAUUCAAACAACACGUUUUAUUGGAACAAAAAAGAUUAUGUUUCAUAUUGGUACAAAUGAUUUGAAUCGCGAUAAAUUAAGUGAACAAGAAGUAAGUGAACAAAUUAAAGAGUUAAUUGUUACAACAAAAACUGUCAGUCCACUAAGUGAAGUGUAUAUAUCGUUAAUUUUUCCAAAACAAGGCAAUGAAGAAAGUCGUUUAAAAACUGAUAAAUUAAAUUAUUUAUUACAAAGUAUGACAUCACCAGAAUUAAAAGUAUUCGUUAUUCAACAUUUUAAUAUUUUACCUGAUACUCGUGGAUGUUUCGAAGAUUCAACUCAUUUAUCAAAAGCGAAAGGUACAAUGUUAUUUGAAGAAAAUAUUAAAAUUGCUAUGGGUCUAAAACGUAUAACAAAUUCAACAAUAAUAAAUAAUAACAAUUAUAAUUCUAUAAAUGUAUUACGUCCAUCAUCAUCAAAACUACCGAGACAACCGACAUUUUUACAACAACAAACAUCAUCAACAAAUCAAUUGGGUUUGAAACAAUCAACAACACAAAAUCAAACGAUAAACACAACAAUACCCUUUAAUAUUAACAAUAAUGCAUUUCAAAAUAUGUCUACAAUGAAUGCUAAUUUAAAUUUAUUAAAUGCACAUACCUUAGGUGCUUAUUUAAGUUUUCUCGUUGGUGGUUUUCGAUCUUAA